GGGCGACGGGGCCCCGGGACGGGACAGGACCCGGCCGCAGAGGCCGCGCUCACCUCCGGGCCGGGGCGGGCGGGAAAGUCCUUCCGGGUGGCGGCCGGAAGUGUCCGCGUUGCCUUGGUGACGGGCCGCGGCCGCCAUGGCGGUGCCGAGCUGGCUGGAGAGGCUGCGGGCCGCCAGCAAGACAGCGCUGGUGCAGGACGGGAAGCGGAAGGUCCACUACCUGUUUGAGGAUGGGAAGGAGAUGGCGGAGGAGUACGACGUGAAGACGGGUCAGUUAGUGAGUAGAAAAUGGCGAGAGAAGAAUACCCUCGGGGGCUCUGGCAAGUGGCAGGUUGAAGUGGGAGAGCCAACCUCACCGCUGCUGGGAGCACUGGAAUCAGAGCUUAUAAAGGAGAGCAGCUCCAAUCCUGUCUUCGUGAGGAAGGAUACCCUGAGCAGCUUCCAGUGGCGGAUCCGUAACCUGCCCUACCCCGAGGAGGUCUACAGCGUCUCUGUGGAGAAGGAGCAGCGCUGCUGCGUCGUCCGCACCACCAACAAGAAGUACUACAAAAAGUUCUCCAUCCCUGACCUGGACCGAUACCAGCUCCCCUUGGACGCAGCUGCCCUGAGCUUCACUCAUGCCAACAACACCCUCAUCAUCACGUACCAGAAGCCGAAGGAGAUCCUGGCUGCAGAAGAGCAGCUGCAGAAGGAGCUGAAGAAGAUGAAGGCAGCAAACAACGGGGAUGGUGACUGCAAGACCCAGUAGGCAGAGGCUGCUAAGAGGCUGAGGUGGGGGGGGGGGCAGGUCUCCAGCACAGGUUCGUGGUAUUUAUUUUGCCUUUUCCAAUAAAAAUUAGCCCUGUUGUUAAUAGA